AUGUUAUAUACAAUGUUCUGGAUGUCAGAGCAAAAGAGUCAGCUUAAACUAUCUGUAAUAAUUUUUCAUGCAUUCAAUUUCCAGAACAACAAAAGUGCCAAACCUGCCAAAGCUGCUCCAUCGGACCUGCCACUGCCAGCAGAAGGUGUUCGUAAUAUCAAAAGUAUGUGGGAGAAAGGCAACGUUUUCUCAUCCCCGGGGGGUGUAACGUCACCAAACAAGGAAACGGCGGGAUUAAAAGUGGGUGUUUCCAGUCGUAUUAAUGAAUGGCUAACUAAAACUCCAGAGACCAACAAGACGCCCUCAGCAAAGCCUGCAGAUUUAAGACCUGGAGAUGUAUCUGGUAAAAGGAACCUCUGGGAGAGACAGCAAACAGACAAGGCUUCCACACCAUCCAAGGUGACAGCUGGAGGGAAAAAGUCUGACACUAAUGGAUUAAGAUUUGAAAAGGAGCCAUAG